GUUUUUAGAGCAGCUCUCAGUCAGACUGAGUCAGUUUGUCAGGAGAACUCAGGAACAUGGCUUCAUCCUUCCUCUGCCUCAGCCUCCUCUUCAUCAGCCUCAGCACAGCAGAUGGAUUCAUGUAUUAUAUGGUGGAGCGCUGUCAGUUUAACUCCACUGAUCCGAAGGACAUCGAGCUCAUCACGUCUUGGUAUUACAACAAGAUCGAGGUCAACAGGUUCAGCAGCAGUUUGGGGAAGUUUGUUGGUUACACUAAGUAUGGAGUGUAUAACGCAGAGUACUGGAACAGUGGUGCAUUCCUGAAUACAAUGAGAGCUGAGAAGGAGCGAUACUGCCUACACAACAUUGGUGUCUGGAACAGCAACAUUCUGUCUAAAUCAGCUCCGCCCACUGUCAAGCUUCACUCCACAACACCUGCUUCCAGUCACCAUCCUGCCAUGUUGGUCUGCAGCGUCUAUGACUUCUACCCCAGUGAGAUCAAAGUGAGCUGGGUGAGAGACGGACAGGAAGUCACCUCUGAUGUCACUUCCACUGAGGAGAUGGCAGAUGGUGAUUGGUACUACCAGACCCACUCACACCUGGAGUACACACCCAGGUCUGGAGAGAAGAUCUCCUGUGUGGUGGAGCAUGCCAGCCUGAAGGAACCUCUGAAAACUGACUGGGACCCGUCCAUGCCUGAGUCAGAGAGGAACAAGCUCGCCAUCGGAGCCUCAGGACUGAUCCUGGGUCUGAUCUUAUCUCUGGCUGGAUUCAUCUACUACAGGAGGAAGGCCCGAGGUCAGAGCAGGACUCUCACUCACAGACCAGUUC